AUGCUCCCACCAUCAAUGCACGAUAUUGUUGAUGGUGCAGCGAUCUCAUAUCGUAUCGAUUUAGCAGUAACCAGCAUACGCAGCAUUUUCAAAUCGACGAUAAAACCGAACUUGAACAUCACAGUAUGGCCUAUGGAAACACAUAACCAGUAUCUCGGCUCCUUGUCCAAGGAAAAUAGCACAUUUCCAUGCGUAAAAACAGUGCAAGCAACUAUCAUGGGUCCAUACGCUCAACUUCCAGCACUAGUCGUCUCUCCGACUGAAUACAUGCAUCACCUCUCCGCGGCCAUCCCUCCAGCUCAGAUAUCAAUGUCAGCUCAUUUCCUACCGGAUUACUCAAUCCUCCGCAACCGCCACAUGAUGAUACGACUCAGCAUUUCGAAACUCAAUGAAUUUGCAUACAGCCUCUACCUGCAGUCUUUUCAGAUGCUGUUGGUUGGGUAUACGGAUAUCAAAGCCAAGGGUCCGUCUCUUACGAAUACGCAGAUUUCCUGCUGGACGAUUCAAAGCAUGAGCAACCUCGGUUUGCCUGUACUCCGUUAUUCUGAAAGCGUCGGUACCGAAAAAUACAUUGAUAGGAGUCUAUGGGAAGGCGAAGCACUGCCAGAUACCAUUGUCCCAAGUUUCGACUCGUGUGGGUUGGCGAGAAGAUAUGAAUUGGAUAUCUCUAUGGGGCUUCAAUGUCGGGAUACAAAGGAUCAGGCUGGUCGGAUACUAUUGGUUCAAUUGAGGACACCGGUACACGUGUCUUCUGGGAUACGUCCCGGUAGGAAGCUUGAGAGUGGGGACGAUAAGAAGCUGUUUCUGAACGGAGAGCUAGUACCGAUUAGUAUGCGUUCACAAGACGAUAUGGGUACGCAAGAUGAGAAUCGGCACGGUGCUACCCAAAGGGUGGGUGCUGCGAAUGAAGACUACGGCACGCCAAUGGGUCCGCCGCCUACGUACGAAGAAGCUACCACAAGGUCUUGGUGA